CCGCCGGCCAGGGCAGGAACGCGAACGCGAACGCGUCUCCCGCCAAACAUCGUGUUAGUGCGGCCGUCAUCCAAUGUUUUCCAGACAACAACAGGAUGAAUGACAUACCCCCGUACCCUCUCUACAAUCGCACGUACAAUCUCUACCGUUUGUCACCACUCCAUCAUGGUGACACUCCUCUUCUCGCCGACCGCGCCCUUCGCACCCAUGCGAAACGACUCAAAGAGCAGCUGAAGGGCGACAAUGUGCGUGGUGUACAGGUCGACUUCGCCAGUGCAGAUGAUACAGCUAAAUUGGGCCCACUAGAAGACUGUAGUUGGGACUUGCUUGGUGACGAAGAUGCUUGGAUUGACCACCACCACCAAUUGCAAGACCCUGAAGCAUCACAACUAUCACCGCUUACAGAGGUGCGGGGCGUUCAAGUGAGCCUCGAGUAUGAGAAGCAGUCAUACAAUGCCAUUCUUCUGCGAGACCUUCGCAGCGCUGCUGCACCGGAUGGUUUUUCAUCACUGCCGUUGCUGCUGGUCAAGAUGCCAGGGCCGAUACGACAAGUGUUUCUGCAGUAUCUUCGAACAGCAUUCGACGCACACGUUGCGCCGCUGAGACUGUCGUCGACAUUCAUCACAGGGAGCAUGGAAAUCUACUUCAAACGUCUCUCGGCAAGCACCUCUACACAGUCGAUACAAGACGUCGUCCGUCAGCUCAACGUGCAGCUCGCCUUCCCCAACACAACGACCCUCCUCAAACACGUCGACGUCACUAUAGCCGCCACUGACGUUCCUGGCUUCGUCACUCGAGGCAAGCACGUACGCGAUAAGCCCUUCACGACAGCUCUAUCCAGCUACCUCGCCAAGCACCUCGCCCUCGACAUAUCUCACUCAAAAGUCCAGAUAUCACGUAUAUCAUGUAACAGUUUCCACCUAGGCACAGAGCGCCUGAAGCUCGCCGCGCCGGAUACACUUGCCGACACAUCUUUCUCAGACGAGGGUGGGGCUUCACAGGAUGCCAGCGCGGGCCAGCUGGCUGUGGAGGAAUUUCUUACGUCACUCCUCCGAGAAGCUGCCGGCAGCGGGAAAUUCCUACCUGAGGACUUGACGGUGAGUCUCAGGGAUGGUACACCAUCAUCGACCGCAAGCACAAGAACAGGGAGGAGGAAGAGAGCCGUCAGCGGUGCGGCUGCGACGAAUAGCAACCAGAAGCGGACCAGGGCGAAGAGCCAAGAACACGGGAAAAGCAAAGAUGCGGAUGAAGAGAUGGAUGACCUGUGACAAAUCAGCCUCGCUCUGAUGCGCCAGAGCAUCUGGUAAGGCAAUAUAUGAUACCCCAAUUUUUACGAAUCCUCUCGAUUCGAUGUGUUGCACGAGUUUUUUGCUCUCGCGUACUGCGAUUCUUUCGGUUUCAUAUGAUGCCUUUAUGGAAUGUACCGCAAUCACUGGCACUCAAGAUCAAUCGAACGAGG